AUGCAGCAGUUGAACUGCAUCCAUCCCGUGCGAUCUGUGUGCAAGGACCGCAUCGUGGAGGAGGGCCGCGCCACGGCCAUCCUCUCCCUCCAGUCCGACGCCUGCCUGGAGGCCCUGGGCAUCGACUACCCCGCCCUGCACGCCCGCGCAUGCGCUCGCGGCCUGCUGGCGGCGCGCGUCGCCGUCCGCGACUUUGACCACGACGACCAGGCGGCCAUGCUGCCGGAGGCGGUCCGCGCGCUGCACACGCUGCUGGCCAUGGGGCACCGCGUCUACGUGCACUGCACCGCCGGGAUCAAUCGCGCGACGCUGACCACCGUGGGCUACCUCACCUUCGUCCAGGGGCUGGGGCUGGAGGAGGCGCUGCGCGCCGUGCGCGAGGCCAGGCCCCAGGCCCACCCGUACGUCGACUGCUGGAGAACGGUGCGUCGGCGCCUGGUGGAGGGACGGGGCGACGAGGUAGGCCACGCGGCCCGGGCCAUAUUCAACACGCGGGAGCAGCGCGGGAGGAGCGGGUCCAGCAGUGCCGACUGGGCGGCCGCUGAGGAGAUCCUCAUCCGCCGCACCUUCCAGCGCCAGGUGGCGGCCACCCUGUCCAUCAGGAUAGCGGAGAUUGAGGCGGAUGCUGCGCAGGAGGCCGCGCAGAAGGCAUCAACAGAGGCUACUGCCGGACAGGCCACUUCCGGCAUCGGGCAGAGCGGGAUCCAGAGCGAGGCAUCGCAGCACCAGGGUCUGCCCAGCACACUCCUGGCCCCGGAGGAGGAGGCAGUCCCUCGCCCCGAGACUGUCCCAGUGCCUCGGGCAUUUGCCAUCCAGUGCGCUGAGGCGGAGGGCCGGAGGACGCUGGACUCCAUCCUGCACGCCGAAGAGGAGGUGGCCAAGCUCCGGGUUGCCCUGGAGGCCCUCACCGAGUCGGCACAGCAGCUGCUGAGUGGCGAGCGCGGCGUCAGCGAUGCACGUACCUGA